AUGAUUGCUAUUAUCGGCCAGAAGGCCUCGCGUACUGCACGUUCCUUUUGGUCAAUGCCGCUCUACUGCCCUGUACGGACGGCCAAGCGCCGUAUUGCAGGCUUCUGGAAGGACGAAAAUGCCUCUCCUACUGAUGCUGACCCUAUGAUCAUGGGGACACCAGACAUACUGGGAAUUCAGGCCUUCAAAGGGCAUGAAGUGCUGCAAGGGUGGUGGGAUUGGGUGCUCGUGGCCAUCAUCAGUGCCAGUGGACUCGUUGGGAUUCUUACGUUUCUUUGGUACCUGUAUCGCUCCAUACGCAAUGCUGUCAAGUCCAAAAAAGACGUCCAUGCUUUGCCACGAUCGGUGCAAGAACGCAUCCACAUCCUCUCACAAAGCUCGAAUGUAGUGUGUAAGACACAUUCCCCUCCACAAAAACCUUCCUCUUUCGGCGUAUAUCUUGGACCCCUCAGCGCUCCUCCUACCCCAGAGGAGGUUCAGACACUAUCACAAUGGGAUGCGGUUGUGUUAGAUUAUGGCGAGUCAGGAGUUCUUGAAGCUGUCAGUGAUGGGACUGUCCCGUUCGGGCCUCAAAUCAUUGCGAGGCUCGAUCUUCUUCAGAUCAUCACAUUUGAAGCCAUGGAGAAUGAGCUCAACAUGGCUCAAGCUGCCUAUAUGGUGUCCUCGACCAUUCAACGAACCAUCCGACAGGAGGGCAAGAGUCGGUAUUUCACAGGUGUUUUGGUCGCAGGUUGGCGUGAGCGAAUGACGGCUCCAUUGCUCAACGGGCUUGCAAAACUGAUUGCUGCAUUUGGACUGGAUGUUUACCUCGAGAUAAGCCCUCCGGAGUUCCUGGACGGCAUUGAGAAUCUCGAAUUCCAACGAUUCGCCGGUGUGGUUGUCCGGAACGGUACCAUUCUGGAGAGUGGAGAGCGACGAGACUUUUUCGACAUGGAGAAGAUGAAAACGACCACGAAAGCAUUCGUCUCCCAGGCAUGUCAACGAACCUUCAUCACAAUGAUGUGGGACACUGUGGCAGAUGAUGUCGAACUUUCGCAUGCAGUGGUUAGGAGGGCUCACAUGUGGUGCAACUAUCAUGGAGCCGUUCCUUUUUUCUCCCGACAAUGUGCUCUUACCAACAUUUCCGAGACGCGCUCUUUCGAAGAGCCGCUGUCAGCAUUCCAGUGGCUGAAAACUCGAGGGGUGAUGAACGUGCAUGAGACCUAUCGUACUGCGCGAACACUCUCAACCGGACGCUCUAGCGUGGAAGAUGAUUAUGUCCCGCUACAGAGCGUGUUUCCGCUGGUAACCGACGUACUUGCCGGUCUCGAUAACUUUGAACUAGGCAUCGACGACGAUAUUUCGAGCACAUCUACGCUCACCCCAGAGCAUCUCCAAAUAGAUGGAAAUGGAAUUUUGGUGUCUCCUUCACCUGAGUGCCCGGAAACGAGCGUGUUGGACUGGGCCCUGGUUCCUUCAAAGCAGAUGAGCAACCCGUUGUCCUGCGCAUUUGACGGAACCAUCUACGAAGCUUUGGGCUGCUUUCCCAUUGGCCUCAAUGCUACCAAGGCGGACUUCGAUCACGUUCUUAAAUCACAGAGACGAUUGAGAGAUCUAAGGCUACUCAACCGUCUCUCCACCAAAGAGCUUCAUCAAGCUUCGACUAUUCUGGGCAGCUACGGGCUUCGCGAUAGCGAUUUCUUGGACAGCGAGCCGACUCUACGAGGUGCAAUAGCGAACUUCGCCAGGAUGCUAGCUGAGACUACUGAUGACGCUGAAAACUCUGACCAGUUUCAAGCGUUUAUUGGACUUGACUCUGGUUUUCAUACCCCUACCGGUGGCCAGUUUUGGUCGGUAUGGGAAUCGCAUUCUAGAUCUGGUUCCGUCAUCAUGUACAUCUCCAAGUCAGUCCAGGACCUCAACACGGUGUUGCUCCAUACGUAUUUGAGCCGAUUAGGCUUCUCGCGGUAUCAAUGCUUUCUAGCUGAGCAAGAGUUGUGCGAGUACGAGAGCAGUUUGACAACGACCAGUAUUCUGCCCUACCGUUUAGAGCAAGACCUCAAUCAACUCUCAACCUCGGAGACCCUACUCUACCUACAGCAUCUUCAGCACACAGAAUGGGAUCCUCAAUGCCCACUGCUUUCGCGAAUUCGUCAGCAAUGUGAGACGUUGCUGAUAGAAGUUCCCACAUAUCACCAAUUCAAGAAGCAAAGCAAUCUGGACUACAUCAGUGGCGCGAUCACGGAAGAACAACUAGUGGUAGCUAAGCUCCAAUGGUAUCGCCUCUGUGGUUUACCAACACCUGAACGGGAGAAUGCCUUGAAGCUAUUCAAACACAUCGCCGAGAAGUUCUACAACAUUCUGUGGUCCCGAGACCAUGACAAGCUAGACGCAGUAACUUCAGCCAUCGAGAUCCUUGGUCGCCACAAGACUCUUGAUUCUGCGGCCGACUUUGUACUCUUCUCUCUGUUCUGCGCAGCUAGGAGAGCGGCAUUUGAAGAAGUUUACAUCGAAGUGUCGGACCGUAACCCUCUGUUCAAUCAAUACUCAGAUCAAAGUGCGGCAUUCGCAGAGUUGUUUGCUCUUGGCUCACGAUGUGAAGCGUAUUUCGAUAUCAAACCCAGUGAUAUCGGUGUACUGCUAUCCAAGAAGCAUCGGGACCAUUAUAACCAGGAGGAACAUCAACCUCCAAUGUGGCUCUUCAACGCACCAUCGUAUGCAUCAGCUUACGCUGCGGCACAGACCGACAUCGAUCCGAAGCAAAAGGCGUCUGUCAUGCCUGCAUAUCGUCGAUUCACCUUUUUGAGUGUAUUUGCGAUACCAGCGCUUGUCGAUAUCGUACUUCUCUCCACCAUUGGGCGUGGACUUUACCUAAGUACGCGUAUGAGUGAAGCCCAGUUGGAGUAUGCGACACUUGCUCUCAUGUGCUCAUUACUCCUCUCGGGAGCCAUAGGAACCUGGAUUUCCAUUGGAGGCACCUAUUAUCUAAUCUCCAUGGCUUUCUCCGCUGCCAACAUGUUCGUCCUCACCCGUUUAAUCGGCGGCCUUGCAUUGGCCCUGGCUGGAUGCAUCAUAGGAUUCGUCAUCGUAUCUGCAGUCGUAGGGCCCGGGCAAGGAAUAGUUUUUUUUCUCUACCUCUUGGGAUUGACAGCAUACUUAUCAGUACUUGCCGUACUGUCCACUUAUCAGAUUCCCGGAUCUAGCUUCCUCAACGGCCGCAAGGUCAUCAUCGCCGUCGUCCCGACGUUAGUGAUAGCACCGGUGUUGACCAUGUUCAUCCCAGACCGUGACAUCUAUAUAUAUCUAGGUGUUCUCUAUGCCUUCGUUAUCCUCCUGAUUCUAGGUACGCGAAGGGUAGCGACUCAAUGGGUUACCUGGUACCACAGUAUUAAGACACUAAACGAUGCCGACAUCAAAGCGUGGUACAUUCGACGACAUGCCGAGCAGAAGCUAGCACUCAAUUCAAGAGCACCCGAAGGCAAACGCUUAAGCAAAAGGCCGAAUACCACCAUAAUUGCCAGUAAUACAAGCCAGGCGCGCCAGGAAUUGGUGGCUGAGGAACCUGAGAUUUUCCAAGGUCUCAGUGAGCCCGCGAUACUGUCCCUUUGCCGAAAAGAGCUGUACGAUGCAGUGAUGAAGGAAAAAGACCGUCGCCUAUGGCAGAAGGCAGCCAAGGACACUCUUGUUAAGCAACUGUCGGACUGUUGGGAUUCAACGCUAUUUCUUCUAGAUUGGUACUGUCGCAUCACAGAUACAAAGCGGCCGAUCCCGUACAGUUCUACCUGGAAUCUCGAAACGCAAGUCGCACUUGAAAGCAUGCAGCAGUCUCAGAAAGGUAUUCGCCUGCAUAAUUCCUUCAUACAUUGGCGGACAGCAGGCGACGAAAUCUACUGUGGUGUCCUGUAUUUCGUGGUCGCUCUCAUGGAUCGCUGGCUGAAUCUAAUUCAUGGCGGUCGUCAGGUUGGUCUGGGCGGAGAUUCGACAAAUGAAACCCUUCGUCUGUCUGUUGGAUUCGGCCUGGCAUACUAUCUGAUAGGAGCGGUGCUACUGGAUUAUAAAGCACAGCAUCUUCACACCCUCUCCGAGCAGCUAUCACCGAUGUCCAUCGAGAAUGCGGCACAGAUCAGACAGGCGAAGGCCAACGACCAGAAAUUUCGACGCCAUCUAUACUUUGGAACCUUAGCCCGUUUCAUCGGGGUCCACGUCUGGGGAUUGGCUGUUUGUGCCUGCCUCAUAUGGGUGUUCAAUGGUUCCUCGACUGGAUUGAUCAUGUUCCUCGCUUACGUAGGGGCCUACAGUGGAUUGUUGCUGUACCAGUACAACAAGAUAUUCUCUGGGCCUCACGUACUAUUGCCUUUGCUUGCAGCAGUUUUGCUGGGCAUUAUCAUUGGAAGCGUUCUGGUGGUGGUUCUCCCAGACUUUGGAUACAACUUCGUGAUUGCACUCGCAAUCUCAACCUGGACAGCGGCUUUGCUAUCUUUCCGAACAGCCAAGCUAGGACUAUCUAACGAUUACGAUUUUCGAAAAUGGAUCUCGGAAAUAUUUCGACGGUCGCCGCAAUCAGCUCGCCCCGCAAGCUUCGAUGCCAUUGCCGGUUUGUCCUCUCGGCAAAAAGCUCAAUGGCCCUCAUACCAAAAGUAUCGCGCUUACAACACUGCGGGCGUGGAUGAAAAGUUUAGCCAGAGUGAGCUCGGAGCCUUUUGUGACAAGAUCAGAGCUGCUCCGAAAGAGAACCGAUACCCUGUGCGGCCCACCGACCAAUCAGGCGAGCAAAUUGUAGCUCUCUUAUUGAAGAACAUAGAUGAGAGUAUCUCGCAAUUGGCUAUGAAGGCGUACCCGAAUCUACGAGUCUUGGUUCAGAGCAUAGUGCGGGCAUGGAAGAAUGACAUGAUCAAAGUUCUGAUCUUCCCAAAGCAGAGAGCCACAGAAGUUGGAGCGGAUCUUCGAGCCAUAUCUCACUACGAUCAGGGGCAUAUGAUCUUGUACAUUGCUUCUGACGCGACUGAUCCGUCCUCUGGUCAGCCUAACGUCAACAGUAAUACUCAAGCCAUUGCCGAGACUCUGCUCCAUGCAUGCGUGGAAACCCUCUUUGCCGUGCCUUCCCACCAAGCUGUCAUUACAGAGUCAAUUUUGGCUUCUCGAAUAACGAUCAGUGGCGGAGACUACAUCGUUUCAGAGUGCACCAGACGAGGUAUGCCUGCAAAAGCUUCGGGAUCAAAAGCCAUUACCUUCGAAAGCACGUGUCGCAAAGAGCUUUUGCGACAUCUAUGUAUGGGCUUCGAUUGCGAUACCAAAUGGGACACUUUCCCCCUCGAGAUGCGUAAGCUUUUUUUGCGACGUUGCCUUGGUGAGCGUGGCAACUACACAAACUAUGAGCUCUCCUGGAUCAACAACAACGUUGCAGCAGAAGAAUCCUGUACAUUAUUCUCACGCAUAGCCCGAUAUGACUUGGGUGCCUUCCUGACCAUCAAUAAACUCGGCUUCUUCCUAAGUCAAGGUGACCGAGCAUUUACGGAGAAAGAGUAUCGACAGGCCACAGCUGAUAUACAGGAAAAUUACCACCCGGUCCUGAAUCACUCUGCUACCUCUAUGGUCACAAUAUUCACCGAAUACAUUCGCAUUCCUGUUGCUUAUGUUUACCACCUUUGCGGUACUUGGGCGAAGUUCUUCAUACUGGCCUGCAUGGCGGAUCCGGAGUAUCAGCGCGAAUUGAAUGGCGCGUUGAAUAAAACGCCGAAACUUUUGGCAAAGCCGGCAACCUUCUUCCUUACUGGCCUAUGGAUUUACAGUCGAAUUACAAUGUCGAUUGUACUACCUUUCUUUUUAUACCAUGGUCGAAAGGAUAUUGCCGGCCUCGCUGGAACUGUCAAAGGAAACGUCAUCAUUCAAAAGAAGAAUCGACUUAUCAUUAAAGGCCAUGGAGACACUGAAACAGCAUUCGUACAUUCUACCGAGUCUGGUCAGUUCAAGCUAGUGGUCUUCACAGGUGAGCUUCGGCAAGAGCCUCAGCGUGGCCACGUCAGAGUAUUGCACUAUGACGAGCAGUUGCGGAUUAUCCAGCGCGAAGAGUUCAAAAAAGGUGAAUCAGGGAACAUAUACGCCUACGAUUAUCCCACCAAGCGAAGCAAGCGAAAGGCCAAGAUAGCCAAAGUGAAGAACGGCCGAAUACCCUUGAGCAGAACAUGUGUCACUGGUGCUGAGGAAGGCACUAAGGUAUUCUACAAUCGCAAAGGUCAUAUCGAAUCGGGAAGUUACAUCAGCGAUGGCAACUUGGUCCGCUUCAAGUACCGUUACCGAAAAAACGCGAAGUUUGACGAUGAACUGCUACGCGCCGAGUUUGUCCUUCCGCACAUGUCGGCCAAUGUGAGCUGGUGCGCCCCUCCCGUUAGACAUGCAGAGAAAAUGGAACGCUGGAUUCCGACACCUCGUGUACAUGAGGCUACCUUCGUGGUAGGGGCUGAUGUGUACGAAUGCACAUGGUUCUACGACCACAAGUUUCAUCCGGCAAUCACUACGAAGUUGAACGGUCAUCUAGUCGAGACCCCUGAUAUGAUUCGCCAUGAUUGGCUCGGCGUUCUUAAGAAACCUACGGGCUGUACGUUCAUUGACGAGAAUCCACUCUUGUCCUUCAAAGCUCCUACAUCAAGCUUGAUGAGCAGAAUCUUCCGGAAGAACAUCAAGCAACAGGAGAUAUCUACCUCAAAAGCUCGGUCACAACUUUGGAAAGCGUGGAAGAAACGUAAUGAUCUGGACGGUGUCGUCAUUCGGUGGGUAGAUGAAGAACUCAUCCGCAGAGAACCGUUACUCAAAACCUACUGGAGGCGUCGCGACCGUGGCAGUUUAGCAAAGGCAGAAAAUUACCUUGCUUUACAUGCUGAUGCAAUAAUGGCGAGCUCGGACCUGACAAGCGAUAUCAGUGCCUGGACUCCUCUUGCCAUCCGACUUGGCGAUCUCUUCAGCUUUGGUCAAGGGGGUGAUGCUGUGAUCUUUACAAGAACAAAGACUCUACAGCGUGACACUGAUCGCAGUCUGCACGUCAUCGCAGUUGACACGGGCACCUGGCCUAAUGAAGGUGGUGGUGUUUCCGCAUGUCGACGCGACCUUAUUAACAAUUUGCGCACUAUCAAGUGGCACAUGGUCGUCGAAUCUGCAAACAGCGCGCGGCCGGUGUAG